AUGGCGUUGAAUAUUUCAGAUACCAAGAAAACAAUUCAAUUAAAACCUUCAGAUUCUGAGAAACAGCUCAUUGCAAAACAUUUAUUGCUACGUUUUUUUCAGGCUGUGGAUUGCGGCAUCUGCAACGCCGUCGCCAGGAGCAGCGAGCGGAGCCCGCCUCACCUCCACGCAGGGCCAAACCUCCCACUGAUUUUGGCCGGGUCCUGGGCCUCCUCUCGCUGUGAGACCAGACCCUACGGCAUGUUUCUGACGAGAUAUCUUACUUUCAGUCCCGAAAAAUCUGGCUGGGCAAUGACACUCCGAUAUUACCACGACCCAGAAUGCUCCCGUCCAUCGUUCACCCUGGCAGCCACCGGCUCGUACCGGAGAGCCAACCCGCCCCCCUACGCCUACGACAUGAGCGUCAACAGGCUGGUCCUCACGCCGGAGGACGCCGACCUGGCCAACGAACUCAACGCUUACAAGGGGAAGGAAUGCGGUGACCCUGGGAAGUGGGUGGCCAAGAUUUCCCAGGACGUCACGCAUACUGGAGGAUGUCUGGCCGUGGGCGUGAGGGUUCCGACGGUCGAAAAGGAGAUCAUGCGCUCGGGCAUUGAUGACGCAGGAAGGAUAUGGCUCGCACAGGGCCAGGUAGCUACUUCUGCAAGACAGGAGGGGAACAAUCCUCGACCUACUAGCUGGGGCGCUCGUUUACUCCGCUGCCAGCCCUACGCCUCUCCUGACGAGGAUAACUCGCUCCUGCCCAUGGUGGGAGCUCGUACGGCUUCUUCAGGAAGCCAGAAGUCGGCCCUGCCACUGUUCGUUGGUGUCAUGAGCUUCCUCCUUUUAAAUUCGUUUACACCGUGAGGGAAGAGAUUUCCCUUGAGUUUACCUUAUUCUUUAACAAGAGACGGAACAAUGUGUUUUUUUUUUCUCAACUGAAAUUGUAUCGGAAGAUUUCGUUUCCAGUAUCCAGCGCGGACUCUUCGUCCGCGACAAAAAUAUUUUGUCUAGAUAAUUAUGGAAUUCAUGCCACUUGAAGCAGGAAAUGAAGCAACUCAACAAUCUUCCCAUUCAA